GGUCCCCCGCGGGCGGGCGGCCAUGGAGCCCCGCAGCAUGGAGUACUUCGGCGCCCAGGUGCUGCAGAAGGACGUCGGCGGCCGCCUGCAGGUCGGCCAGGAGCUGCUGCUCUAUCUGGGCGCCCCCGGCGCCAUCCCGGACCUGGAGGAGGACCUGGGUCGCCUGGGCAAGACUAUCGACGCGCUUACCGGCUGGGUGGGCUCGAGCAACUACCGGGUAUCAUUAAUGGGAUUGGAAAUUUUAAGUGCCUUUGUGGACAGACUAUCUACACGAUUUAAGUCCUAUGUGGUAAUGGUUAUUGUAGCUUUAAUAGACAGAAUGGGAGAUGCCAAAGACAAGGUCCGAGAUGAAGCUCAGACUCUGGUGUUGAAGUUGAUGGACCAAGUAGCACCACCUAUGUACAUUUGGGAACAGUUGACUUCUGGUUUUAAGCACAAGAAUUUUCGAUCUCGAGAAGGCGUGUGUUUAUGUCUUAUUGAAACCUUAAACGUUUUUGGGGCUCGGCCGCUAGUCCUCAGCAAGUUGGUACCACAUUUGUGUAUCCUAUUUGGAGAUUCCAACAGUCAGGUGAGAGACGCCGCAGUGUCGGCUAUGGUGGAGAUCUACAGACAUGUCGGGGAGAGAGUGCGGGCGGACCUGUGGAAGAGGGGGCUCCCCCCUGCCCGAUUAGAGAUGAUUUUUGCCAAAUUUGAUGAAGUGCAAAAUUCAGGCGGUAUGAUUUUGAGUGUCUGCAAAGAUAAAAGCUUUGAUGAUGAAGAAUCAGUGGAUGGAAACAGGCCAUCAUCAGCUGCUUCAGCCUUCAAGGUUCCUGCACCUAAAACAUCCGGAAAUCCUGCCAACAGUGCAAGGAAGCCUGGCUCAGCAGGUGGCCCUAAGGUUGGAGGUGCUUCUAAGGAAGGAGGUGCUGGAGCAGUUGAUGAAGACGAUUUUAUAAAAGCUUUCACGGAUGUCCCUUCUGUUCAGAUCUAUUCGAGUCGAGAACUUGAAGAAACAUUAAAUAAAAUCCGGGAAAUAUUGUCAGAUGACAAACACGACUGGGAUCAGCGUGCCAGUGCACUUAAGAAAAUUCGAUCAUUGCUUGUUGCUGGGGCUGCACAAUAUGACUGCUUUUUCCAGCAUUUACGCUUGUUGGACGGAGCGCUUAAACUUUCAGCGAAGGAUCUUAGAUCCCAGGUGGUGAGAGAAGCCUGCAUCACUGUAGCACAUCUUUCAACAGUUUUGGGAAACAAGUUUGAUCAUGGCGCUGAAGCCAUUGUACCUACACUUUUUAACCUCGUCCCCAAUAGUGCAAAAGUCAUGGCAACUUCUGGAUGCGCGGCUAUCAGAUUCAUCAUUCGGCAUACUCAUGUACCCAGACUUAUACCUUUAAUAACAAGCAAUUGCACAUCAAAAUCAGUUCCUGUAAGGAGGCGUUCAUUUGAAUUUUUAGAUUUAUUGUUACAAGAGUGGCAGACUCAUUCAUUGGAAAGACAUGCAGCUGUCUUGGUUGAAACUAUUAAGAAGGGAAUUCAUGACGCUGAUGCUGAAGCCAGAGUUGAGGCAAGAAAGACAUACAUGGGUCUUAGAAACCACUUCCCUGGUGAAGCUGAAACCUUGUAUAAUUCGCUUGAGCCAUCUUACCAGAAGAGUCUUCAGACGUACUUAAAGAGCUCUGGCAGUGCAGCAUCUCUCCCACAGUCAGACAGGUCCUCAUCUAGCUCACAGGAAAGUCUCAAUCGCCCUUUUUCUUCCAAAUGGUCUACAGCAAACCCAUCAACUGUGGCCGGAAGAGUGUCCGCCGGCAGCAGCAAAGCCAGCUCCCUUCCCGGAAGCCUGCAGCGCUCACGGAGCGACAUCGACGUGAACGCUGCCGCGGGCGCCAAGGCACACCACGCUGCCGGGCAGGCCGUGCCCGGUGGGCGCUUAGGCGCGGGGGCCCUGAACCCAGGUUCCUACGCCUCACUGGAGGAUACUUCUGACAAGAUGGAUGGAGCAACAUCCGAAGAUGGCCGGGUGAGAGCAAAGCUUUCGACACCUCUUGCGGGCAUGGGAAAUGCCAAGGCGGAUUCCCGAGGGAGAAGCCGGACAAAAAUGGUGUCUCAGUCUCAGCCUGGCAGCCGGUCCGGGUCUCCGGGAAGAGUUCUGACCACGACAGCCCUCUCCACCGUGAGCUCCGGUGUUCAGAGAGUCUUGGUCAACUCCGCCUCGGCGCCGAAGAGAAGCAAGAUACCACGGAGCCAGGGCUGUAGCAGAGAGGCCAGUCCGUCCAGGCUGUCCGUGGCCCGAAGCAGCCGCAUUCCUCGGCCAAGUGUGAGUCAAGGGUGCAGCCGGGAAGCCAGUCGGGAGAGCAGCCGGGACACAAGUCCCGUUCGUUCUUUCCAGCCCCUCGCCUCCAGACACCAUUCCAGAUCUACUGGUGCGCUCUACGCCCCCGACGUGUACGGGGCCUCAGGUCCGGGGUAUGGGAUGAGCCAGUCGAGCCGACUGUCGUCUUCGGUCAGUGCCAUGCGAGUCCUGAACACAGGUUCUGAUGUGGAGGAGGCGGUAGCGGACGCACUGCUCUUAGGAGACAUACGGACUAAGAAAAAACCUGCUCGCAGGAGAUACGAGUCCUAUGGGCUGCAUUCCGACGACGACGCCAACAGCGACGCGUCCAGCGCUUGUUCGGAGCGCUCCUACAGCUCGCGGAACGGCAGCAUCCCCACGUACAUGAGGCAGACGGAGGACGUGGCCGAGGUCCUCAACAGGUGUGCCAGCUCCAACUGGUCAGAGAGGAAGGAAGGCCUCCUGGGGCUGCAGAACCUACUGAAAAAUCAGAGGACACUAAGUCGAGUUGAACUGAAAAGAUUAUGUGAAAUUUUCACAAGAAUGUUUGCUGAUCCUCAUGGCAAGGUAUUCAGCAUGUUCUUGGAGACUCUGGUGGAUUUCAUACAAGUCCACAAAGAUGAUCUUCAAGAUUGGUUGUUUGUACUGCUGACUCAACUAUUAAAAAAAAUGGGUGCUGAUUUGCUGGGGUCUGUUCAGGCAAAAGUUCAGAAAGCCCUUGAUGUUACAAGAGAAUCUUUUCCAAAUGAUCUUCAAUUCAAUAUUCUAAUGAGAUUUACAGUCGAUCAGACCCAAACACCAAGCUUGAAGACAGUCAAGACAGCACUUCGGGACCAGCUUCACUCUUUUUGGAGUUCCAAGAGAAUGUUUGUAUGCAUCUGUUUUCAACUACUAACCUCUGAGCCUCACUCGAAGCAUGCCCAGAUUUUACUUCAAGUGUUACUCAAACGCCAGGCUGCUUCUGGAGAAGCUUCCCGGGGGUUCUUAGAGGGCAGCGCAGGAUGGGUCUUGCUAACAGACGCACAUCGUAAAUUGAGACGAAGCACAGAUGCUCAUGUGCCCCAUUCGCCAAAGCUAUGGCGGCUCGAGGCCGAGAUGCCGAGUGCGGUUCCUGGGGCUGGGGCUCGGCGGUGCCGGGCUCGCCGCUUGGAGCGCAGGCUGAAAUGGAGUCCUCUGAGUCACCAAAAUACACUCAUCUGCUUCUUAUAUGUGUUUGUUUUACAGGCGGCACAAUCUGUGCUGAUUUCCUUGUUUGAACUCAAUACCCCAGAGUUUACAAUGUUGUUAGGAGCUUUACCAAAAACUUUUCAGGAUGGUGCUACCAAGCUUCUUCAUAACCACCUUCGAAACACUGGCAACGGGACCCAGGGUUCCAUGGGGAGUCCUUUGACAAGACCAACACCACGUUCACCAGCCAACUGGUCCAGUCCUCUAACUUCUCCUACCAAUACAUCACAGAAUACUUUAUCUCCAAGUGCAUUUGAUUAUGACACAGAAAAUAUGAACUCUGAAGAUAUUUAUAGCUCUCUCAGAGGUGUCACUGAAGCAAUUCAGAAUUUCAGCUUCCGUAGCCAAGAAGAUAUGAAUGAGCCAUUGAAAAGAGAUUCCAGAAAGGAUGAUGGUGAUUCUUGUGGCGGUCCUGGGAUGCCCGACCCAAGGGCAGGAGGUGACACCACUGACUCGGGCCAAACAUCCCUUGAUAAUAAAGCUUCGUUACUGCACUCAAUGCCUGCCCACUCGUCUCCGCGCUCGCGAGACUAUAACCCGUAUAACUACUCCGAUGGCAUCAGCCCCUUCAAUAAGUCUGCCCUCAAGGAAGCCAUGUUUGACGACGACGCCGACCAGUUUCCUGAUGAUCUUUCCCUAGACCAUUCUGACCUGGUCGCAGAGUUGUUGAAGGAGUUGUCGAACCACAAUGAACGUGUAGAGGAAAGAAAAAUCGCCCUCUACGAGCUCAUGAAGCUGACACAGGAAGAAUGUCUCAGCGUUUGGGACGAGCACUUCAAAACCAUCCUACUCCUCUUGCUUGAGACCCUGGGGGAUAAAGAGCCCACAAUCAGAGCUCUGGCAUUAAAGGUUCUGAGAGAAAUCCUAAGGCAUCAGCCAGCCAGAUUUAAAAACUAUGCAGAACUGACGGUCAUGAAAACAUUGGAAGCACAUAAAGAUCCUCAUAAGGAGGUGGUGAGAUCCGCCGAGGAGGCGGCGUCAGUGCUGGCCACGUCCAUCAGCCCGGAGCAGUGCGUCAAAGUGCUCUGCCCCAUCAUCCAGACCGCGGACUACCCCAUCAACCUGGCCGCCAUCAAGAUGCAGACAAAAGUGAUAGAGAGAGUGUCCAAGGACACCCUGAACCUGCUCUUGCCGGAGAUUAUGCCAGGCUUGAUACAGGGCUAUGACAACUCGGAGAGCAGCGUGCGGAAAGCUUGCGUCUUCUGCCUGGUGGCCGUCCACGCGGUGAUUGGCGACGAGCUGAAGCCACACCUCAGUCAGCUCACCGGCAGCAAAAUGAAGCUACUGAAUCUUUACAUCAAACGCGCACAGACAGGCUCUGGGGGAGCCGACUCCGCCACCGAUGUUUCUGGACAAAGUUAGUGAAGCCAACUGAAGCGCACCGGGCCUCUCAGAGAAAGGACAGACUGACCACCCCCGUCAGUGAAAGGAAAUAUUCAAACACAUCUUUUGGAACUUCCCAUCUUUUCCUGGUUUUAGUUUUUUUGUUUUGUUUUGUAUUUUCUGUAACAGAGGGCUCUCCUCAGUCUGCAUGUAACUUUUAUGAUAGUUAUUCCAAAUCCAAGAAGAAGCAGUAUUAACAUCAGUUGAUCAAUACAAAGUAAUUUUUAAUCGAAUUCAUCAUUUCACGUUUGUACUUCUCUGUCUUCCCAUUAACCUUUGCCAGUGUUAUGAUUGUAUAAAUUUUUUUAAAUGCUGGUUAAAGAGGAAUGCUUAAAGCUUUAAAAGUUGAACAGUCUAAAACUUUUUUUUUGCCUCUAUUCAAAUGCAGAUUAAUAUUUUUAUUGCUACUUGGAGUUUUGUUGUGUAUCAUGUCCUGUGCUAGAAAUACUGAAAUGAUGUGAAACAAAGCAGGACGAAUUUGAACCACAGCUGGGCUCCGUCGAUGUGCUGGUGAUCGUGUCAUGAGUUGCAACUUCUUCGGGGUGAUCUAGAGUUUAAAACCGAGACCUCAGAGAGAGUGAGAGCGAGCGAGUGAGAGAGCGAGAGCGCGCUACAGAGUCAGCCAGUUCUGUGACACGGACACUGCGGCGCGGUGGGGGGUCUUGCCGGCUGUAUUUAAACCACGCCCCCUCUACGACCGUUAAGAAGCUGCACCAAAUCUUCUGCCUGUUGUUUUCCUGAGACCUAUGAAAAUAGAAGGUUUUAUUGCAGGGUUUUUGGUUUGUUUCUCUUUGUUGUGAAUGAUGCUUUUUUCGUAUUUAUUAAUAUCAAAUUCACUUAUGAAUAAACUUGAUAAUGGAAAGAGAAAAGAAAAUCAAGUGCAUGUGUGUCCUUGACCGUCUUCUGUUUCUCAUUUAUCAACACACUUCUUAUUGACACGCGGGAGUCAACCAGCACCUUUUCUUUAAACGGUGGAACCUGGUUUCCUUUUACCAUGAACUUGUCUUACUUGAAAACAUUGAUCCUGAUGAGAGAGAAAAGACGGCACAAGGCGAUCAUCUCUGUGUAAUGGACUCAAAUUCUCUACCUCUUCAGGGCUAAUGCUUUUUAACUGAGCUGCUGCCUACAGUGUCUUUCGGAAAACUACUUCAAGGGUGAUUUUCUGUUACAUUUUAACAAGUUUUUUUAAUCACCUUUUGCUACACCUGUUCUUUUCCUGCAGCCGACUUUCAAAAAUUACCAGUUUGGUGAAAGGCAAAUUACAUCAUUUAGAACCAGGACACUAAUGAUUUCUCAUCUUGACUUUUUUUUUAAUCCUAACAUAAAGUGAAUUUGACUGGAAAGGCAAAUAGCUAUUAGGGAAGCCAUUUGCUCUUGUUACAAAGUUAUCUGUACUUUCUUUGUUUAACUGAAAAACAUGUAGAAAUGUAUGUAAAGAAUUUAAGACAAGAGUACUGGAUGGAUGGUAUGUCAUAGGCUUUCCCCUCGGUUCUGUUCUAGCCGCAGGAAACUAGUUUCUCUAUGUCCCCGCCCCUUUCCCGUAACAAUUUUGUUUUCUACUGUUAAUUACAUUGUGUAUUUAUAGUUCUAUGCUUACCGUUGUGCAUAAACUGGCAAUAAAACUGUACAUAACAUGACUUGAAAAAAUUAA